AUUGUUAUUAAUAUUUUGUGCUGUUGCUUACCAUUAAAUUAGGCUUUUUAAAGUGCUAAAUUGCGUGUUAUGUGUUCAAAUUUCUAAAAGAUAUCGUGUAAAUGCUAUGAAAAAUGAAUCAUGAGCAUGGUUUUCGGGAUGCGCAUACUCACCAUACCGCCAAACAGCAAGAGUGUGCAGCUGUUUGUUUUUGUUGCUGCUGCCUGUGACAACAACAACAAUAACCAUUCAAUUUCAUAAACAAAUUCCAAGUGCAAUCCAAGCUUAAGUUUUUACAUGAAGUUUAUACAAUUGUUACGGUUAGUGCGUAAUUGAAAGUGUGCCUGUAGUUGUGUAUAUGUGUGCGCGUUCGUUUGUGUGCGUGUGUUUUUUUUCGUAUUCUGCGUCUUCGUCGCGCUGUAAUAAUUUACCAACAACAACAGCAACACUGGCAACAACAACAACAACAACGAGAAAAGCCUCACACGACACCUGCGUUUUGUUUAUUUGUUGUUGGGGCGUCAUAAACAAAAUCUAUACAACUACAACACACGCGCAGUUGGCAGGCGGCAGUUAGCAACAAGUGGAUAGAUAUAAAGCCACUCAAACUCGGACUCGCACCAAAUACCAUCCAAGUAACCAAAUCGCCAGCCCCAUUUGGCGUGAAUUUUCUGUUUAGCUAUGCAGUGUUUCAUUUACGUUUCGUAGCGCGUUUUUAUGUGUAGCCCCCACAGUUAGACAUCAAAUCAACGACAAGCACAACAUUAACAACAAAAACAACAACAGCAGCAAAAACAACGACGGGCACAUCUAACGCUGCAGCUAACAGAUGAGCCCCAACAACAGAUGUCAAUUGCUGCAGCCGAAAAUGCAGGGCUUAGCCCAGGUGACUUACCAGAUCAUUGGGCCUCAGGUACAGCAACAACUAACGGCAGAGCCGCAGCAGCAACAGCCACAAGCAACAAGCACAACAGCAACAUCAACAGCAGCAGCAACACGAACAGCAACAGCUACAACAACAGCAGCAAUUCAGUUUGCAAUCUGCCGCGCUCAUCGCCGGCCGCUGCGACCGCAGCCGUUACAAUCCCAGCCACUGGCGGUAGCGUGGUAACUGGCCCGGGCCCCGUCCCGGCACCGGUGGCGCAGCUGCAACACGGAUUGGCGCCCAGCACGCCACUGCAGCGCGCGACGGCAGCGAGCGGAGGCGCUGGUAUUGCCGGCGCAUUGGGCGUUACAGGCGCCUCCCCCUCACCAGCAGCAGUUGCCGCUGCGGCAGCCGCAGCAGCAGCUGCCAACAAUCUGCUCACCCUGCCGCAACAGCAGCAACAGCUCCUCUACCAGCAGCAUCAGCAGCAACAGCACCAUCACCAACACCAACAGCAACGCCAACAGCAGCAGCAGCUUAACUCCCAUCAUUCGCAUCAUAGCAAGGCAGCGGCUGCCGCCGCAACGGCGCAUAUUGCAGCUGCGCUGCAGCGAUCGGCCGCCAUUAUGAAUGCGGUGGCAUCGCCGAUUCCAGCCAACGCAGCGACGCCGGGUCGCAAGAUACGCCGCAAAACGGAUACAAAAAUUAAUUUGCCCCAAUCACAAAUAAACAAAUGCAACAAUGAGAAACGCCGACGUGAAAUGGAAAAUAAUUAUAUUGAGCAGCUCUCCGAGUUUCUGCAGCUCAAUAAGCGUGGAGAUAUGACAUCAACGAAACCGGAUAAGGCGGCAAUAUUAAAUCAAGUGGUUCGAACGUAUCGUGAUAUUUGUGACAAAGGCCAAAGCCGUGAUAUAUCCUCAACAUCUACCAAUAAUAACAAUAAUAACAACAACUCCACAACAACGACCAACAACAACAACAAUAAUAAUAACAAUAACAACAAUAAUAACAACAACAAUAGCCACAAACCGCAAGCAACCUCAACGCGCUGCACCCGCUGUGCCACCGACAACUGCUCGAUACACCCUGUGCAACAGGGUGAAGUCUCCUCAACGGAACCACCAUUGCCAGAGCCAUCGCUGCUGAACGGUCAAGUGCCUGAAAUAUCCGCUUACUUCGAAGCACUCGAGCACUAUAUCAGCUCGGUGGGUUGGGUCCUGCUGCAGGUGAACGCGAACGGCAUCAUUGAGUCCUGCACGCAGAACAUACGCGAACUGAUCGGCUAUGAGAAGCAGGAGCUCUUCCACCAGCCGCUCUAUAUGUACCUCUAUGCGGGGGAUCACGCCAAACUGGAGCCGAUCAUAAACAACAUGUACAGCAGCAGCGGCAGCACCGGACCAGGCGGUGGAGGAGCAGGAGGUGUUGGAGGUGGUGCAGGUGGUGGUGGUGGUGGUGGAGGAGGCAACGGAUCAGGCGCUGGCUCGGCUGGCGGGUGGGGCGAUCUCGAUGAGCUGAACAAUGGCAAUGCCUCACAGCAAUCGGCUGGCUCCAAUUCCAGUUCCAGUGCUGGCAAUAGCGCCGGAGGUGCAAGUAAAUCCAAACGCAGCAUUUCCACCAAGGUGCGCAUGCUAGUCAAGGACACACGCCCGGCCACAC